AUGCCUACAAUUUAUGAUGUACAACGUGAAGAGUACUAUACGGCUGAUAAUUCAAUGGUACCAAAAACGGGUCAAAUCUCGGACUUUUCUGUCGGAUACAUGUCGGCAAUACAACCGAGACAAGUUAUUAUCACACGACCGGUUAAAAAUUUAGGUGGUGGAAAUCGAAGUGUUACAUCAAGAAUGAGUGUAUCACAAUCGGUAUCAAGUAGUGCUGUACCAUUACGUGGUGGUUCAAGUUCAAUGGGUGGUGAUUAUCUGUCAUUGGUCCCGUUUACAAGUCAACGUGUUGAAGAAAAACGUCAAUUAGCAGAACUGAAUGAUCGUUUUGCCGAAUACAUUGGUAAAAUUCGUUAUUUAGAAGCUGUUAAUCGUAAACUGAGUCGGGAUUUAGAUAAUAUUCGUAAUAAAAAGGGGAUUGGUAUGCAACGUAUACGAGAAAUUAUUAUACGUGAGAAAAAAGAAGCUGAUGAUACGUUAAAGAAAAUGGACGAUGAUAUUCGAUCAUCUCAAAAUAAACGUCAAGAGUCAGAGCAACGUUUGAAACAAGCUGAACAACGUUUGCAAUCUGUUCAACGUCCAGAUCAAAUACAACAAACAAAACAACAAUUGAAACAAUUACGAGAAAAAAUAAUGGAUUUAGAAAAACAUAUUGAAUUAAUACGUAAAGUUAUUAGUGAUAAUGAUGAUGAAAUUGCUUUAUAUAACAGUGAAUUACAACGGAUACGCAUGGAUGUUGCCAAUUUGAUAUCAGAAAUAGCCAACGAAGCAACACAAAAACAAAUAUUAUUUGCUGAGAAAACCGUUUUAGAACAAGAAUUGAAGGUACUAGAUACCGCUCAUAAAUUUGAUGUUGAUCAAUUGCGUUCAAAAGUGGCCAUUGCCAAUGUAGAUCCAGCGCCAUUUUUUGAAUCUGAAUUAUCACAAGCUAUACGUGAAAUACGAAAACAAUUUGAAGCAUUAACAGAACAACAACAGCAACAAUUACAAAACUAUUAUCAAGCAAAAGUUAGUGCAUUGAUUGAAUAUCAUCAACCGAAACCACAAAUUGAAUCACAAUGGCAAACAGAAAAAAUACGUGAAAUAACGCGCAGUGUUACAGAUGUACGUGGUCGUUUAAGUAAUUUACAAAUGGAAAAUAAUGAAUUAGAUCGACAAAUAAAUGACAUUAGACAACAAUUACAAACACACCAAUAUCAAGAAGAUCAACGUCUUCUAGAUGAGCAAAAACGUUAUCGAGAGGAAAUUGAUCGUUUGAAAGGAUUUAUUGUCGAUUUAGAAAAAUAUCGAACAACAUUAGAGGAAGAAAUUCGACGUUAUCGUUUAUUAUUAGAAGGUGGUGGAAAUCAAGUAGGUCUAAGACAUUUUGCGGAAGAAGCAGAAAAAAUAAUGAAUCGUGGAAGAUCAUUAUUAGAUAAUCUUAAUUUGAGAUUAAUGAAAUCGGGUGGUAGUGGUGGAAAUAAUUAUAAUAUUCGCGAAGUCACAUAUGCAACAUCGUAUUCAUCAGGUGCAGGUGGUAAAUCUCCUGGACAUUCACGAUCAGCAUCACCAUUACGAUAA